AUGGCUGCUGCAAUCAUGCUCAUGCGCCCUCACCACCUUCUCCCUGUCUCCAUGUACAUCAUCAUUUGCCUCUGCUACUCGCUGGGUCUUACUACCGCGCUCUCCUUCAGCUUCAACUUCUCCAACCCCGGCUCUGUAGACCUUUGCGACACGGAGCUCAAGUGCGAACGUGACGCGCGCAUGGGCUCUGGUGCCAUCGAGCUAACCAAGAACGAGACUCGAGUCAACGUCUUCAGUGUCGGCCGGGCAUCGUAUGCGCGCCCGUUGCCGCUCUGGGACGACGCCACCGGCGAGGUGGCCAGUUUCUCCUCCAACUUCACGUUCCAGAUCAGGCCCCAAAACAGAUUGGACGACCAUUUAGGUCUAUGUGACCCGAACUUCACUACCGACUCUAGUGCUGACGGUAUGUCUUUCUUCCUGGCGCACUACCCGUCGAGGCUCCCUCCCAACAGUUGGGGCCAAAAUUUCGCUCUCGUCAAUUUCAGCAACAGCUUCAAUGCCACUGGCGAUGACCGGAUAGUCGCAGUGGAGUUCGACACCUACCACAAUGCCUGGGACCCCAGUGACAACCACAUCGGCAUAGACGUCAAUUCCAUCAACUCCACGACCUACGCAAACGUAACCAAGCGUAUGGUCUCCGACAACGCCAUCAUGACCGCCCAGAUCAACUACGACAACCGUACAGGUGUUCUGGCGGCCAGUCUCCAAAUCCAGGGAGAGGAGACGCUCUACAACGUGCUUACGUCUGUGAACAUGAAAAGAGAACUGCCCCAGCAAGUUGCAGUAGGUUUCUCCGCCGCAACUGGUACCUGCGCCGAGCUGCAUCAGGUAUCAACUUGGUCCUUUAGCUCCACUCUAGAUGACGCCAUGGCGGCUACCAGUAUCAUUCCACGGAGACGUCGACCAGUGGUGCCUGUGCUAGUGCCUUCUGCAGUAGCUGCUUUUCUCGUACUACUCUGCAGCGUCGCCGCUGCCGUCGUCAUAAUCCAUCAGCGACGCAAACGUAAGCAAGCUGAGUUCAAGAAAGGAGUAGGCCCUAGACGGUACCGCUACCGUGAGCUCGCGGCAGCCACAAAUGACUUCGCGGAGCAGGGGAAGAUUGGGCAAGGGGGCUUCGGCAGCGUCUACCAGGGUGGCGGCCUUAGCGACCACGACAGCCCGGUGGCCAUCAAGAUGCUAUCCACGGAAUCGUCAGCGCAGGGGAGGAAAGAGUUCGAGGCGGAGGUGAAGAUCAUAAGCCGACUGAGGCACCGAAACCUUGUGCACUUGCUAGGCUGGUCCGACAGCUGCAAGGGGCUCCUGCUCGUCUAUGAGCUUGUGCCGAAAGGCAGCCUCGACAAGCACAUAUACAACACUAGUCGUCUGCUCACUUGGUCAGAGAGAUUCGAAAUUAUCCGCGGGCUCGGAUCUGCACUACGCUAUCUGCACACAGAGUGCGAUCAAUGUGUGCUGCAUGGUGACAUCAAACCCAGCAACAUACUCCUCGACUCAUCACGCGGUACCAAGCUGGCGGAUUUCGGGCUGGCAAGGCUCGUGGAUCAUGGAGCCAGGCCGCAGACGACGAAUAUCGUCAAGGGCACCGAAUGGUAUAUAGACCCAGAGUUUAUUCGCUCACGCCGACCGAGUCCAGAAGCGGACGUCUACAGCUUCGGCGUUGUUCUGUUGGAGGUCGUGUCUGGUCAGCGCCCAGGGAUGGGGAUGGAACACCAGGUUGAGGAAGUCAUCCCGCUGCUCAUGUGGGUCUGGGACCUGUAUGAGAAAGGCACCAUCCUUGAAGCGGUGGAUAAAAGGUUACAGGAUGGUAACCAUCAGCUCGACCGCGACUGUAAGCGGCAGAUGCAUCGUGCGCUGGUUGUCGGGCUCUGGUGUACGCACCCACGGCUAGGCACACGACCCUCCAUCGUGCAGCUCAUGAACGUCUUACAGUCCGAGGACGUCAUGCUGCCGGCCCUGUCAUGGUCGUUGUCUGAUGCUUCCCUUGGAUCACAUGGAUACAAUGCGUCGUCAUCGGCCAAUUGA